AGGGAGAAACACACUUGUCCUCUUUAAUUAGGUGUUCUUCCUCUCUUCUCUUUCUGAUCAGUAACUUCUUAAUUUUCAUUCCUUGCCGAAGUUCCCAUUUCGUUCACAAACAAAAUGGAGAAGCUCAGAGGCUGCAGCAACUUCCUCGAAGCAUCAAAACCCUACUUUGCUAUGAUAUCAUUACAAUUCGGCUAUGCCGGAAUGAAUAUCAUUAGUAAAGUUUCUCUCAGCAGAGGGAUGAGCCACUAUGUGCUAGUGGUUUAUCGCCAUGCCUUCGCAACCGCUGCCAUUGCCCCCUUUGCUUUCAUUUUUGAGAGGAAAAAGAAGCCAAGGAUAACAUUUACGAUUUUCAUGCAGAUAUUUGUCCUGGCUCUUCUUGGUCCGGUGAUUGAUCAGAACUUCUAUUAUGCGGGGCUGAAAUUUACGUCGCCAACUUUCUCAUGUGCAAUUAGCAACAUGCUCCCUGCCAUGACUUUUGUCAUGGCUGUCAUAUUCCGGAUGGAGAAGCUGAGCCCGAAGAAACUACGGUGCCAAGCAAAGAUGGUGGGAACUGUAGUGACAGUGGCUGGUGCUAUGUUAAUGACUUUGUACAAGGGUCCCAUAGUGCAGUUGCUGUGGUCGAAGCACAUACAUCCUCGCAAAUCUUAUGGGACUGUUUCCGAAAACAGUGACAAGGACUUUCUCAAGGGCACCAUCUUUCUCAUCAUAGCUACCCUUGCCUGGUCUGGUCUUUUUGUUUUGCAAACACAAGCGUUGAAGACAUACAAGAAUCAUCAGCUGUCUCUUACAUCAUUGGUGUGCUUUGUGGGCACUCUUCAGGCCAUUGCUGUCACCUUUGUUUUGGAACACAAACCCUCGGUUUGGAAAAUUGGCUUUGACAUGAACCUCCUUGCUGCCGCCUAUGCUGGAAUCGUGGGAUCAAGCAUUUCAUACUAUGUCCAAGGGUUAGUGAUAAAGAAGAAAGGACCUGUAUUUGCAACUGCUUUUAGCCCAUUGAUGAUGAUUAUUGUAGCCGUUCUGGGCUCCUUCAUUCUGGCAGAGAAGAUUUUCCUUGGAGGUGUGCUUGGUUCUGUCUUGAUCGUUAUAGGCCUUUACUCAGUCCUCUGGGGAAAGCACAAAGAAAGCGCAGAGAAUAAAGCUGAGGAGAUACCGGAUGCUAUAAAGGUUGGUCAAGUUAAUGGCAAUGGAUCAGUUUCAGCAAUCGAAGAUGUUGAAGCAGCUAAUGAAAUUCAAAUGGGAAAAGGAGAUCAAGAAACCAACAACAAACCUCUCUUCUGUUGCAUGCAUUAGCUGCAUGCCGGCCCAUUUGAACAUGAUCCCAUGAAUGAUCAAAGGCGCCAGUACUACUCAAGAGACCAAAGCAAAACCAUAGGAACGUCGGAUGGAUGGGGAUGGGCUUUUUUGUCUUUUCAUCCCCCAUUUUGUUAUCCUCCUCCUCAUCCUUCUUUGUUUUUAUUUUUCUAAAGUUAUAAUUAAUAUAAUCGGAGUUUGGGGUGUUUUAUGUAAGAUAUUAUAUUAUGACAUGAAUAAACAAAGACUUCAAGGAAA